GUGAGCGCGAGGGAAGGGGGAGGGGUGGGGAGGGGGGGAUUUCUCGAUUUCUUCCGCGCGUUUGCGGAAUCGCGAAUUCAAUUCGAUUCCGCUCCACCACAUCUCGCCACCCAGCUACUCCGAUUCGCGCUGCUCGCUUUUCCCCCUAAUCGAUUCCUUCUUUUGGGCGUUUUUUUUUUUCUCCGGGGGGAGGAGGUGAGGUGAGGUUCGGAUCGGAUCGGGGGGCGAUUUGGGUGCGGGGUGGGGGUGGCGAGAUGCGGAUCGAGGAGCUUCCCGGCGAUUCCGGGGGAGGCGGUGGCGGAUCGGCGGUCGCGGCGGCGGCGGCGGCGGGGGAGGAGGGUGGGGUGGUGAUGCGUGUCGCUUUCGACGCGAAGCGCGCGGCGGUGGGCGUCGGCGCGCGGAUGCUGUUCUACCCGACGCUGGUGUACAACGUCGUCAGGAACCGCUUCGAGCCGCACUUCCACUGGUGGGAUCAGGUCGACGAGCAUGUUCUACUGGGCGCUGUUCCGUUCCCCAGUGAUGUUCUACGGUUGAAGGAGCUUGGAGUUUGUGGUGUUGUCACACUGAACGAAUCGUACGAGAGGCUGGUUCCCAGAUGCCUGUAUGAGGCUCAUGGAAUUGAAAACCUGGUGUUACCAACUAGAGAUUAUCUUUAUGCACCAUCAUUUGAGAACCUUUGCCUUGCUGUUGACUUCAUCCACAGGAAUGCUCUUUCUGGGAAGUUGACAUAUGUUCACUGCAAAGCUGGACGUGGACGGAGCACAACAGUUGUUCUUUGCUAUUUGGUGCAAUACAAACAAAUGACCCCAGUCGAAGCUUAUGAACAUGUCCGGUUACGGAGGCCAAGGGUUCUAUUAGCUUCUGCACAGCGUCAGGCUGUUGAGCAAUUCUACCAGCUUAGAGUUAAGAAAUCCGGGAAAUCCAGUUGCCUCGACAAUCCCAUCAUCAAACCACCAAUGUUCCUUGCCACUCGCAACCUUAUUGCAUUUGACGAGAAGACAUUCGUGAUGGUUUCGAAAUCGGACCUUGAAGGGUAUGAUGCGGACACAUUGGCAGUAAAUGUAGGCAGUGGCUUGUGGGAGAUAAGCCUAGUAUACCGCGUGCAGUUUGCGAGCCAGGCAGCAUUUGCAGGGUUUUCAUACUUGUGGGUACGAUGCCGUGCGCCCCAUAAGAACAAGGAGGCGCCCCCUGUCCCAGAGAAUAAUAACAGUGUGGGGAGCGAGAGCUGCUCCCUUGAGGCGGAGCAACUUGCAAAAGCUCACCCAUGUUUGCUUCAAGGUGUCAUGGUUAAUCCAUGAUCGUUCGACUUGCAUGCGUCCUUUCUUUUCUUUUCUUUUUUGUCUGGCAACCCCCCGUAUAUAUUAAUGCCAAGAACAUGCAAUGUGAAGUCCUUAGCUCCAGUCUCCUCAGCAAGCAAAGAGUGCAGUUGCUUGGGUAUGUACAUAUCUGUAAUAAGUUGACUUCUACAUGUACAGAGGUAAAUGACAAGGUAUCUCAAUCAAAUUGCUGACCAUA